GUUGGGCGCCGAGUUUAUAAAAAACGCCAAGCGCAUGCGCAACGCGAAACAUUCACGUAUCGAACGCGCGCAAGUUCCUGGAAUUCAGCAGCAAUACACACAAAAAAAAAAACUAACAAAAUGAAAACCCUGUUUGUGUUUUGCACCCUCUUGGCGCUCGCCUUGGCCUACCCGCAGCGUGAGGGCGCCGCCUACACCAACGAAGCCAUCCGCCAGGCACAACAGACCUUCCUCAUACCCAAAGACGCACAAAUUCAAAAUGUACAGGAAGGCAUUGAGCUGGGCGCCUACGAAGCGAUUCCCGGCAAUCAAAGGAUAAACCUAUUCGAAAUUCUUGGCGAUCAAGUGCCAUCGGAAGUGAUAAACAAUCUGCAAGCGCAAGUCGAUCAGAUCGGUCGGAAUAAGUGAGCUAUGAACGCGCGUUCGCGAGGAUGUUAACUAAAUUGUAAUUAAAUUAAUUUUUAUUUUUUUUUGUCGUUAUUGAGAAAAUUGCAUUUAUAAUAAUUUUCUGUUGAAUUAGUUUUUACUGAAGUGUGAAAAAAUACAGAUUUAGAAAAAAAAAACCAAUAUAAUUAAAGGAUAUUGUUUAAAUUUUUGGUCAAGAGCAGCUGAUCAGUUAUGCAAGACGCAGCAAAGGCGACUUUAACUAAUAAA